AUGAAAGACGGAAAUGGUAUCGAAACUUUAACCGACGGCGAGCGGUAUGAGGGAGAGUGGAAGGAUGGCAAGAAGAGCGGAAAAGGUGUUUACAGCUGGCCCGACGGUCGUCGGUAUGAGGGACAAUGGAAAGAUGACAAGCAGAGUGAAAAGGGCAUUUACAUCUGGCCCGAUGGCCGCCGGUACGAGGGAGACUUGAAAGGCGACGUGAAAGAUGGAAAUGGUAUCGAAACCUUGGCCAACGGCGAUCGGUACGAGGGAGACUGGAAAGAGGAUAAGAGAAAUGGAAAAGGCGUUUUCAUCACGUCCGACGGCGAUCGGUAUGAUGGAGAAUGA